AUGACCAUCCCGCCAGGCGCUUGGCCUUGCGAAACUUUUGCGGCAGUUUCAAGGGCACACGUUUGCUCAAUAAAGUCAGCACGAAUCAUCGGGCUAGUCGCUCAACGCCCACCACGAGGACGAAGGCGAUGUGGGUCGCACAGUCAAAUCCUGCCGCGCUUACUCGUGCUCGCAGUGAUCCUCUUGGCCAGUCUGGGAACAUGCUUAGCGCAGUCCUCGCCAAGCAGCAGCAGCUCAGCUACAUCCACCACGUCAGGGGCGCCCCCGCCCGCUCGCACCACUCCAGUCGUAGACGCCAUCGCGACGCCGUACCUUCUAUCAAGCGGAAGCUCUGUCAUUUCCACUUUGCCCAUCGAUUCUGACAAAGGUGUGACCUUUCAGCUCGCGCCGCUACCAGAUCGAAUAUCGUUCCUCUCGCUUCAGCUCUGCGGAGGUCCCAGUGUUGCGCCGUACAAUGUGUCAGACUCGGAUCUUCUCAGAUCGCUGGGUCAGUCAGCAACUUCAGCACGGCGCCUGACCUUGCCAAGGAUCUUCAUAUCCACGGAUGCAGCGACGACUCAGCCUGGACCUGACUCUGGAGCAGCACAGUCUUGGAUCUUGGGGGGCGCGGCCACCAUCGAGGUCGCUCAGGAGUCGGGCGAUGUGGGAGCCUGGGUCAGCCUCUGGCCUCCAGAGGACACGAGGGACGUAGCGCAAGGCAAUUGGACCGUCUUGGCGCAGUUGGGGGAUGAUGGCAACGCAGCCCCCUUCAGCCUAGCCAUUGCGCACGGGCUCUCACUUGCAGACACGGAUCGAGCAAGAGCACUCGUGACCUCGUCGAACAUGUCUCUUCCCUUGCCCAACUUGGACAUCACUAUCCUGCCUAGUACCGGAUCGGCCUCGAUCGAUCCUUAUUUCAACUCAAGCCUGUGUGCGGCUCAGACGGCUGCUCGAGCGUGGGCAGCAGGGAACGGUCCUGGGAGCAUGGUGCAGCUCAAUGCCAGCAAUACUCAAAGGGGCAUCCUGAGAGACCAGAAGUCGGCAGGCCAGCAGCGACGACAAUGGGACAUCACUGGACUUGAAGCUGCUUCCAAUUACACCGUGUGGCUGUCUGCCCAAGAUCCUACUUUGAACAACGUCACUGUGUGGCCAGCUAUCAAGUUCGCAACCAAAACGGCCGACAACUGCCGUCUAGUUUAUGACGUACCAUUCUGCCCAAACGUAGCGUAUUCGAUUCCGAUUGGCCCCGAGGUCUCGACCGAUAACGCCUUGUCCACCAUCAAUCGUACGGUAUCUCCCAACCUAUCCAACUUCACUCAGCUACUCGGCACCUUUCCAUGCGGCGAUCCCUACUUUGGGCCCUACAGCGGAGUGAAGGAUUGUGGAGACUGCUUGGAUGCAUACCAAGAUUGGCUUUGCGCAGUAGCGAUGCCUAGAUGCGUGGAUGCUCUGGAUGAUCCAAACGUGCAGAGCGCAGCUGCCCAGAACAGCACCGUCCUCACAGGUGGGCCAAUGUCGGCGAACACGGACCUCUUGCCGUAUGUCGUGAACCGGCGAGAUGGGCGCAACGAGUCCCGUCAAACGUACGUCGAUGACGAGCUAUCGCCGGGCACGUACGGAGAGCUCUUGCCGUGCAUCUACACUUGCUACUUUGUAUCCCGCUCCUGUCCCGCUCCUCUGGUACAAUGGUCCUGCCCCAAAUGGGGCAUUUCAGCACAGAGGUCUUAUGGAGCUUUUGCAGACUCGGGCGCAGAGGGAAUAGGAGCGAGAGAAAAUGGUGGCGAUGGGAGCGACUUUUCCAGGUGGGGAGGACCCACUCGAUACAUUGCUCAGGACGCGUUUGGCAACGCCUUUUGCAACGCCAUGGGGGUCGACACUCGUCUAAGCGAGGAUAACGCUGCCUUACCUGCGCUUGACGGCCGGCGUGCAUGGCGUGCUUCAGUGUUCGCGAGCGUGGCGCUAUACUUCCUACUCCUGGCUUGA